AUGCUGCCCCGGAGACAACACUGCGGACAACACUGCACAGAAUCACCCCAGAUAACCCCCCCAGAGUACCAACUCCUGCCCCAGAGUACAUACUCCCGCCCCCAGAGCACCAACCCUGCCCCCAGAGCACAACCCUGCCCCCAGAGCAUAUACCCUGCCCCCCAGAGAGUACACAUACCCCUGCCCCCAGAGUACUCAACCCCUGCCCCCAGAGUACAUACCCUGCCCCCAGAGUACAUACCCCGCCCCCAGAGUACAUACCCCUGCCCCCAGAGCAUAUACCCCUGCCCCCAGAGGCAUGUAAUCCCGCCCCAGAGUACAUACCCCGCCCCCAGAGUAGACACCCCUGCCUCAGAGCACUCCCGCCCCCAGGAGCAUAUACCCCUGCCCCUAGAGUACUCAACUCCUGCCCCCAGAGUACCAACCUGCCCCCAGAGUACUCAACCCUGCCCCCCAGAGAGUACCAACCUCUGCCCCCCAGCAUAUACCCCUGCCCCCAGAGUACCAACCCUGCCCCCAGAGUACCAACCCCGCCCCAGAGUACAUAACUCACCCCCCAGAGAGCAUCACGAAAGUACUAAGGACUUAACAUCACUUGAUUGA